CCCGGUUGUAGCUGUUGUCCGCCUCGUUCUCGCAGUCGCUGCAGUGCUCAUGGCCGUUUCCGUUCCCUUCCAUCAUCUGUGGCAGCGGAGGUGCCAGCGGCUUCACUGCUGUCUCACUCUCGUCCGCCAUCUUGAGUUGCGAGAGCCGGCCUCCGCGCCUCGCUACAUGGGGGCUUCCCAUUGGACGAGGGAAGCUUGCGCUAUAUUCUGGGUUUCGUAGUUUUUAUGGCUAAAGGAGCCGUAACUAGGAGAGGCUCCUUCCCGGGAAAUUGGAACAAAUGGACUACAAUACCCAGAAAUCAUGAGAGGAGGCUGUCCUGGGCGGGAGCCAGCACUACCCGGAAGACCUGGGCGGUUCGGCAGCGCUUUGGUUAAAGAAGGACCGCAAGGUUGGUCCGGCCGACCCUCUAAGGCCCGGGCGGCCGCAUGGCAUGUUGGGAAUUGUAGUUCGGGCUGGUUUAGGCUUUCGGACGUGGGGAGUCCAAAAUCCAAGGUUUAAUUUCAGCCUGCCCUUAUGAGUGCCCGGGCCCGCAGGUGAGCCGUUACUGGCUGCCGUUAAGGACCGUUACCACUCCCGGACAGUUUCUUCUGGCCUUCCUGGACCAUCCCACUUGGCUGGACCUGCCCUGCUCCGUGACUCCCGGGCUCCCCGUUCUGCAGCCUCUCUGACUCCCUGUUCCCUGGGAAGAUGUUCCUGGUAGGCCUGACUGGAGGCAUUGCCUCGGGCAAGAGCUCGGUGAUCCAGGUGUUCCAGCAGCUGGGGUGUGCGGUGAUCGAUGUUGACGUCAUUGCCCGCCAGGUGGUCCAGCCGGGAUGCCCCGCCCACCGGCGCAUCGUGGAGGCCUUUGGCACCGAGGUCUUGCUGGAGAAUGGCGACAUCGAUCGCAAGGUCCUGGGAGACCUGAUCUUUAACCAGCCCGACCGGCGGCAUCUGCUCAACACCAUCACCCACCCUGAGAUCCAAAAGGAAAUGAUGAAGGAGACUUUCAAGUACUUCCUCCGGGGAUACCGCUAUGUGAUUCUGGAUAUCCCCCUGCUGUUUGAGACCAAGAAGUUGCUCAAGUACCUGAAGCAUACAGUCGUGGUCUACUGUGACCGGGACACGCAGCUGGCACGGCUGAUGCAGCGGAACAACCUGAACCGCCAGGAUGCAGAGGCCCGAAUCAACGCCCAGCUGCCCCUGAAGGACAAAGUCCGAAUGGCCCGUCACGUACUGGACAACUCGGGCGAGUGGAGCCUCACCAGACGCCAGGUCAUCCUCCUGCACGCCGAGCUGGAGCGCUCCCUGGAGUACCUGCCACUGAGGCUCAGCGUCCUCACGGGUCUGGCCGGCAUUGCCAGUCUCCUCUACCUCCUCAUCCGCUACCUCCUGCCUUCUCUCUAGCUGGGCUUCCCAGGCAGGAAGGCCCAGGCCAACCUUCAACACACAUACUCUAUGGAGUCGGCCCACCACUCUCUGGAGUCCAUCCAAGGCAAAGAACAGUAUCUGUCAGUAGACCUCCUGCCCUCCCUUCCCAGGAGCCAACAGAACAGUGUCCAUGACGGGGUGUGAAAGCAGCCAUGAGAGACCUGUUUCUUGGGGUGGGUGCUGUCUGUGGCCUGACCAGUGUUGAAAGCUGGGAGCUUCCUUGAACUCCCCAAGCACAUGCCCUGUCAUGGCCAAAACCUCCUCGUGGACCAUGGAAUAUCAGCUUGGACCAGACACUGCCACCUUCAAACAGGACCUCCCUGGGUGAAACCCGGGACCAGGAUGCAGUGAGAGCUCCCUGGAGGAAAUGCUGUAGCCAGCCUGAGGUGGGUCUCUUCUGGAAUGACCCACCAUCCUGCCUUGAUACUCUCCAGCAUUCCCCACACCAUGCUUUUCACCUCCCACCCCCGCCCUCCCGCUCCAUGCUCCCCUAGCCCUGAAUUCUGGGUGGUCCACAAGCCCCUGGCUAUUUCUGGACUCUCUGCCUUUGCCUGUCCAUGCUGCUUCCCUACCUGGAAUACCUUUUCCUCUACAGCUGGCCAGCUCCCAGUAUAGGCACCACCUGGAGCCUGAAACUGAGUUAGGCGCUCUGGGAUACCACCCUGCCGCAUCUACCUUAAUCUGUAGUGUAGUGAUCAGCCAAAAGCUAGCUGGUCUCCCCUCCUAGACUGUAAGCCCUCUGAGGCAGGGGCUGUGUCUUACUAUCUCUGUGAUCCUCCCCCAGCGGUGCUUAAUAAAGUGUGUGGAUCUGGAAUGUGCUGCGCUGUCGCUCU